AUGGUUCUGAUCUCACCCCACGCCAUGCAAGCCACCCGGGCGUCCACCACCGUCAGUGUGGUUUCAGACUGUGGAAUCCCGGCCGGGCUCCGAAUAGGUCCGGUCCCUGGCAUCUUUAAAUUGGGGAAGUACCUGUCGGACCGCAAAGAAGUUGGGCCAAAGAAAAAGAUCCGUUUGGUGCGUGAAGAGUGUGUGGAUGAGUCCGGCUGUCCCGUGUCAGACUGGAUCGGAUACAUCCGAGCCGCCAGAAACACGCAAGAACAAAAUCUAGAGGCUGUGUCGGACCUACCUGGUGGACAGAUAUUUUACCGCGUGAUGAGAGAAAUUCCUGCAGGAGAAGAGCUCAGUGUUUGGUAUUCAAACGCUUUGGCCCAAUGGUACAACAUGCCCACGACGGCCACCCCUACGCACGACGAGAAAGGUGAAGAGCGCUACAUCUGUUGGUACUGCUGGAGAAUCUUUAAAUACCCCAACACACUCAAAGCCCACGUGCACUUCCACUGCGCGCUGAGCAAUGGGCGCGGGUUCGUGAACAGCGAGCAAGCCAGAGGCACGGAGAACUUCAGCAGAUCUCCAAAGUCUGGAGACAUCCCCAACACGUCUUGCUCACCCAGGAGCUCUCAGAGCAUCUCCUCCAUCUCCGACUCCAGCAGGAGGUCACUGACCUCGCCUUUCUUGGGCAAGGCCGGACUGGUGAAAAAGAGUAGCUCAGAGGAGCAGGACAGAGCCCUGGACAUGAGCGUCACUUCAUCGCGGAACCAAGGACACAUGCUCGGCCUUGGCGCAGCAUCUUCGAUGCUGAGUUCUAUGGGCUUCCACCCGGGUGUCCGCUCCGCAUUCAAGCCAACAGGCGUCGCGAAGGUCCCAGUGGUUGACGCGCAUCGAGAGGAUGCCAGCUCCAAGAUGGGUGCCUUCGGCAAAGUCAUCGGCAACAUGAAACCGAUGCGAAACAUGGUUGGCGAGACGUUAAAUGGAAGCGGGAAUCCCGCAGCAAAGUGUGCCCCAGGUAUAGGUGACGCUCCAAGUAUGGUGCCAUGUUCCAACGCCAUCAGAGGCUUCCCGUUGCUCCCUCAUAUAGAGGAAACGUCGGCUUUCAAACAUGUUGAAAGCCGAGUGCAUGCCGGGCUGUCCCCCUCCCGGUACCCGCAUAUGCACCCGGGACUCCACUUCGAAAGGUUCUCUCUGCCCAACUUCGACGGUGUCAAGGCUUACGGUGGAGACUGUAACAUCCCCCUGAUGCCCUUCACUGUUUACAACGGAGAGUUUCUGUACAGUUCGCCAUAUUACCCUCUUAAAUUCCACUUCAGCAAUCUCCUCAAGUACCCAGAGUCCAUGCCCUACUUUGGCGCACCUUCUCUCAGUCAAGACAUGCAGGGCACAAUCACCAACAUUGAUCGGGAGAUAGCUAUGCACACGCAACAGCUGUCUGAAAUUGCCAAUGAGAAGAACCGCACCAGACUGGACCCCUUGCCCGCAGGCAGCACCAGCAACUCCAACUCCGGCAAACCAAAAAAGGGACACUUAUGUCUGUACUGUGGCAAACUGUACUCCAGGAAAUAUGGCCUGAAAAUCCAUAUGAGGACUCACACCGGCUACAAGCCGCUCAAGUGCAAAGUGUGCUUCAGGCCCUUCGGUGACCCCAGCAACCUGAACAAGCAUAUUCGGCUCCAUGCGGAGGGCAACACCCCCUACAGGUGCGACUUCUGUGGCAAAGUUCUAGUCCGGAGGAGAGAUUUGGAGAGACACGUCAAGUCCAGACAUCCCGGUCAGAGCGUCAAGAAGCUGGAAGACAAGGCGGGCCUGUUUGACGACGCCGAGCUGAAGAGCGACAAUGACAGCGACGUGGACGUCUGCUUUACUGACGACCAAAGUGAGCCUGAAUCCAGCAAGAAUAACGACUGAGACUCAACUCAAAACAACAAUAAAAGACAAUGAA